CCCCAGCCCUGAGGUUCUCCUACCGCCAGCGAAAGUCACCGAGGUUAUUAAGAGCUGAGAUCACUGUUAAGUGCUGGAGGCAGAGAAAGAAGGAGCCGUCCCACUCCUACAGGGAGUGAGUAGCAAUCCAAGCUGCAGAAAGUUGACGUGCUGGAGAUCACGGUGUAGCACAUGGAGAGCCUGCAACAGAGCAACACCCUGGGAACUUCUGUAAUCCAAGUGACAGCUACAGAUGCUGAUGAUGCCAACUAUGGAAACAGUGCCAAAGUAGUGUAUAGCAUCCUCCAGGGACAACCAUAUUUCUCAGUGAACCCAGAGACAGGAAUAAUCAAAACUGCUUUACCAGACAUGAGCAGAGAAAAUAGGGAGCAGUACCAAGUGGUCAUCCAGGCCAAGGACAUGGGAGGCCAGAUGGGAGGAUUAUCAGGGACCACUACGGUGAACAUCACACUGACUGAUGUCAACGACAAUCCACCUCGAUUCCCCCAGAGUACUUACCAAUUCAGCUCUCCUGAGUCCGCAUCGCUUGGGACUCCUCUCGGCAGAAUAAAAGCCAAUGACCUCGAUGUGGGUGAAAAUGCUGCGACUGAGUAUGGCAUUUCCAACGGGGAUGGAUCAGACAUGUUUGAUAUCAUCACUGAUGAGGACACACAGGAAGGGAUUAUAACCAUCAAAAAGAUAUUCUGUGGAUCGACACACUGACCUCGACAGAAUAUUCAACAUCCACUCAGGAAAUGGGUCUAUAUUCAUCUCAAAGCCACUUGAUCGGGAAGAAACUCCCGGCACAAUAUCACUGUUAUAGCAACUGAAAUCAGUGAGUUGGAGAUGGCUUAUCUGAAGAGAAUGUUAGAACACAGAAAUUUGGAAAUUCUAUAACAAAUUUCUGUUUUAAAUGUUUUUACCAGAUUCACCCUUGUCUGUCUUUAAAAAUUAUAGCCAAGCACAUCAUUUGCUAACUACA